AUGGCAUCUGUAGCAAUUAAUUCUAUAGAUUUUGAAGAAGAAGUUAAAAAAGCUCGCGAAUGUUAUAUGUAUGGUGAUUAUGGAAGGAGUACAACAUUUUAUAAAUUAGCUAUUGAUAAACUUCGACGUUAUUGUCAAACUUUAUCAAAUGUAGCAGAGAAAAAACAUGGCAAUGAGUGCAUAGUUGAACUUGAACGAGAACUUAAAUCAACAGUAGAACACGAACGCAUGAUUGAGGAGAUUCAUGAAAAUUUAUUCAAGAAAUAUACGAGUGGUGGUGGUGGACGAGCAGCCGGUGGUGAUAUUAAUAAUGAUUUAAAUUAUGGAAGUCCUUUUUAUAAUGCAGCUGUUGAUGAACGUCCAACACGUGAUCCUGGUUUUAAUAAUCGAAAUCCAGCUCAAGGAGUCGCCCCAUUUCAACCAGCAUCUGCACGUCCUCAAGGAGGUGCUCGUGAUAUAAGAUCAGCAAAUCAUAAUCAAAGAGGAAGAAAUCCUCCAUCAAAUGCUCCUCAUAAUAAACAAAAACAAUCGGAUAAUAAACGUGGUAGUAAUCAAGCAGAUAAUGCAGAAAAAAAAUAUAUACCUACACCUGCAGAAAAAGAUUUAGUAGAAGGUUUAGAACGUGAUAUUGUUCAAAAAGAUCCAAAUGUUCGAUGGGUGGAUGUUGCCGGUUGUACAGGUGCUAAAAAAUUAUUACAAGAAGCUGUUGUACUUCCACGCUAUAUCCCAGAUUUCUUCAAAGGUAUUCGUCGUCCAUGGAAAGGUAUUCUUUUAUUUGGUCCACCUGGCACUGGAAAAACAAUGUUAGCUAAAGCAGUAGCAACAGAAUGUAAAACAACAUUUUUUAAUGUUGCUGCUGCAAAUUUAACAUCAAAAUAUCAUGGUGAAGGUGAAAAACUUGUACAUUUACUUUUUGAAUUGGCUAAAUUUUAUGCACCAUCAACAGUAUUUAUUGAUGAAAUUGAUUCAUUAUGUUCUACACGUGGUCAAUCAAAUGAACACGAAGCUAGUCGAAGAGCUAAAUCUGAAUUACUCAUUCAAAUGGAUGGUGUAUCUGGUGCACUUGGAAAUGAGGAUCCAUCAAAAAUGAUUAUGGUACUUGGUGCAACUAAUCAUCCUUGGGAUCUUGAUGAUGCAAUGCGAAGACGUUUAGAAAAACGUAUUUAUAUACCAUUACCAGAUGCUGCAACACGAAAACAAUUACUUGAAAUAAAUCUAAAAGAAGUUUCACUUGAAAAAGAUGUUGAUUUAGAUAUUAUUGCUAACAAACUUAAUGGAUAUUCUGGUUCCGAUAUAACAAGUGUUUGCCGUGAUGCAGCUAUGAUGCAAAUGCGUCGAGCAACAGAAAAUUUAAGUAUGACUCAAAUUCAAGAACAAGCACAAGUUUUAAAAGAAAAACUUCAAUCACCAACAAUAAUGAAAGAUUUUGAAGAUGCUAUUUCAAAAAUUUCAUCAUCAGUUUCAAAAGAAAUGCUUGAAAAAUAUGAUCAAUGGAUGAAAGAUUUUGGUUCCGUUUAA